AUGGGGCGACAGUGGGGGCCCGCCAUGAGGGCAGCCGAGCAGGCGGGCUGCGUGGUGAGCGCCUCCCGGGCCGGGCAGCCCGAGGCGGACUCCUGGAGCUGCAGCGGGGUGAUCCUGAGCCGCAGCCCGGGCCUGGUGCUGUGCCACGGGGGCAUCUUCACCCCCUUCCUGCGGGCCGGCAGCGGGGCGCUGACGGCGCCGGGCGCCGUCUUCCUGCCCGGCGACAGUUGCAGCGACGACCUGCGCCUGCACGUGCAGUGGAGCCCAACGGCCGCGAGUCCCGCGGGUCGCGCGGAGCCCCGGGGCCGCCCCGGGCUGUGCACGCCCCAGUGCGCGGGCCCGGAGCCCGGCCCGCUGGCCCGGCCCCACGGGCAGCCCCUGCGGCCCCCGCGCCCCGCCGAGCUGCUGCUGCUGCUGAGCUGCCCGGCCUUCCGGGCCCACUUCGCGCGCCUCUUCGGGGGCGAGCCGGCCGAGCAGUGGCGCUUCGCGAGCGCCGCGCCGGACGAGGAGGUGUCGGAGGACGAGGAGGAGGACCAGCUGCGGGCGCUGGGCUGGUUCGCGCUGCUGCGCGUGAGGCUCGACCCCGAGGAGGAAGAGGAGGCGGCGGACGGGCGCGGGACGGCGCUGGCCGUGGCGCCGCCCGGGGCCGUGCCCAAGGGCGCGUCGCUGCUGGCCUGCGGCUCCCCGUUCGGGGCCUUCUGCCCCGACAUCUUCCUCAACACGCUCAGCCGCGGCGUCCUCAGCAACGCGGCGGGCCCGCUGCUGCUCACCGACGCGCGCUGCCUGCCCGGCACCGAGGGCGGCGGCGUGUUCGCGGCGCGGCCCGCGGGCGCCCUGGUGGCGCUGGUGGCGGCGCCCCUCUGCUGGAAGGCCCGCGAGUGGGUGGGCCUCACGCUGCUGUGCGCGGCCGCGCCCCUGCUCCGCGCCGCCCGCGCCGGGCUCGCCCGCCUGCGCCGCGAGGAUGCCGCGACCCUGGCCGCCCUCCUGCCGCCCGAGCUGGGCGCCCCGUGGGGCCUGCCCCUCCGAGACCCUGGGCCCCCGUGGGCAGCCGCCGCCGUGCUGGUGGAGUGUGGCACCGUCUGGGGCUCCGGAGUGGUCGUGGCGCCCCGCCUCGUGGUGACUUGCCGGCACGUGGCCCCCUGCGAGGCGGCCAGAGUCCUGGUGCGCCCCACCACCCCCAAGAGUGCCAAGAUCUGGGGACGCGUGGUGUUUGCCACUCAGGAGACAUCUCCGUAUGACAUAGCGGUGGUGAGCCUGGAGGAAGAGCUGGAGGGUGUCCCUGUGCCUGUGCCCACUGAGCAUUUCUACGAAGGCGAGGCCGUCAGCGUGGUGGGCUUCGGCGUGUUUGGCCAGGCAUGCGGGCCCUCGGUGACCGCGGGCAUCCUGUCGGCUGUGGUGCAGGUGGAUGACGCGCCGGUGAUGCUGCAGACCACAUGUGCCGUGCAUGGUGGCUCCAGUGGGGGGCCCCUCUUCUCUACCUGCUCGGGGGACCUCCUGGGGAUCGUCGCCAGCAACACCCGGGACAAUAACACCGGGGCCACCUACCCGCACCUGAACUUCAGCGUUCCCAUCACGGUGCUGCAGCCGGCCCUGCAGCGGUACCGCCAGACGGGCGACAUGGGCGGCCUCCGAGAGCUGGACCACGCCGCCGAGCCAGUGAGGGUGGUGUGGCGGCUGCAGCGGCCCCUGGCAGAGGCCCCGCGGAGCAAGCUCUGA